AUGUCACUGUGUCUCAUUUUUGCCCAGGCUGUCUCUGCCAAAUUGCGAACUUUUAAUUGGAAUAUCGGAUGGGUAUCAGCCUCUCCUGAUGGAUUGGCACGACCUUUCGUCGGAAUCAACGGACAAUGGCCCUGCCCACCUAUUAAUGUUAACCUUGGGGACAUUAUAAAGAUUAAUGCUUAUAAUGGUCUGGGAAAUGAGAGCACGGCCAUACAUUUUCAUGGAAUUUUCCAGAAUGGUACGAACUUCAUGGAUGGGCCAGCGAUGGUCACACAAUGCCCGAUUGCUCCAGGAGAAAAAUUUGUAUACGAGUUUAAAGUGACCCAAACUGGAACUUAUUGGUAUCACGCCCACAUUGGCGGGCAGUAUGUUGACGGAUUUCGAGGGCCCAUUGUUGUUCAUGACCCGGCACCACCGUUCAAGUACGACCAAGAAAUCGUCAUGACUCUCUCAGAUUUGUACCAUGAUGAGGCACCAAACUUGGUCCACUACUAUCAAUCACCGGAGAACUCAGGCUCGGAACCAGUACCAGAUUCCAAUUUAAUCAACGAAGCGCAGAAUGUCCGUUUCCCUAUCGUGGCGGGCAAGACCUACUUGUUUCGGAUUAUUAACAUGGGAGCAUUCGCAAGUCAAUGGCUCCAGUUUGGCCAGCACACUAUGACUAUUGUCGAGGUCGAUGGAGUUUACACUCAGCCAUACGAUGUUCCUAUGUUGUUCAUGGCAACAGCGCAACGAUACAGUGUUCUUGUCAAGGCAAAGCCAACUGCUGUCCAAAACUUCGCGAUCGUGGCUACCAUGGCGAUGGACAUGUUCGAUCCCAGCAAGAUUUCGCCAAAAAUGCUGCCAUCGGUUACCUCUUGGCUUGUUUACAAUUCUGCGGCCCCACUUCCAAACCCCUUCGAGAUCACGCCCCAGCCCUUCGAUGAUACACAACUAGUGCCAUACGAUGCACAACCUCUCCUCAACUCGCCUACGAUACAGACAACAAGAGCUAACGUGCCUCAGGUCCCAACGCUGUACACGGUUCUCAGCGCACCCCUGACUAACCUAUACAACCCCGCCAUCUAUGGUCAGGUAAACCCAACCAUUCUUCCCCUCGGCACCGUUGUCGAGAUGCAAAUCGACAACCACGACGUGGGAAACCACCCUUUUCAUCUCCACGGCCAUAACUUCCAAGUCGUCAACCGGUUUGGAGGAGCACCAAGCAUCCCUGAUAUGCCCAACCCGUGGCCGGUGACGCCAAUGCGCCGAGACGUUAUCAUUAUUCCAGGCGGUGGCUCGGUGACAAUUCGCUUCGUGGCAGACAAUCCAGGUGUCAGCCUGUUUCAUUGCCACAUUGAGUGGCACGUCGAGGCUGGAUUGACGGCUACUAUCAUCGAAGCUCCCGAUGUCCUUCAGAAGUCCAAGCCGUACAUCCCUACCAGUCACAAGACAGCCUGCAAGCUACAGAAGAUCUCGAUGAAAGGAAAUGCUGCUGGAAAUUACAAGAAUUGGCUGGACUUGACAGGAGCCAAUACCUCGCCGCCAUUGGACAGCUGGGGGUAA